AUGGACCAGUCCAUUAUCCGCAUCUCCAAGGAGCUUGGAGAGAUUCAGAAAAACUGCGAUUUGUCACUCGCUGUCGCAUGUCGCGACAUCGAUGUCCGUAAUGUGAAGGCUUUAAUCGUGGGCCCUCACGAGACCCCUACAUGGCGUGGAGAACGUGGAGAGGAGUGGUCUUCAGCUCAAGGACUGGAGUCUAUCCUGCUGUCCAUCCAAAGUCUUCUUUCUUCCAAUCCUUACGAAAACGAACCAGGGUUUGAAGACGCCCAUGAGGAAUUCGAUAAAAAAGCUCAGAAGGAUUACGUCCAAAAGAUUCGUCACGAGACAUUGCGUAUCAGUGUCAUCCAACGCCUGGAAGGCUAUCUUGGACUCAACGCGAGUGGCUCCCAGCAGUCAAAUGCAUCAGCAGUGAGUGAUAUGGAGGAUGCGGACAUCGACGAGUCUGCUAUACCAUUUGAACCAUUCAAAGACCUGUGCAAACGCCGAUUCCUGUGGUACUUCGAGUCAUACUUGGCAGCCAUCGAGAAAGGCAAGUCGGAAACCAAACCCAACCAGACAUUCGAGAGGAUGCCAUUUGAAACACCGGGCAACAACUCCAUGGAUGGCAAAUUCAACUAUCCUGAGCUGGAGCGGCGCCUGCACACUAUCAAGGCCGCGAUCGAUGGGGAAACUCAGGAUUGGGCCGCGGAGGGCCUGAACGCCAAAAUACGGGAGACUACUGUUGCUGUCAACCUUCAACACCAGUUCGAGCAAGUUGUAGAGGCGUUAAAAAGAAGUGAUAUGCCGCAUGAUGUCUUCCUUGAAAAAGAGAACCCUUUCGUUUGGGCGGUAACCUAUUUUGGGCGCCCUAUGACCAACCUGGACGGAGGUUUGUUUAGGAUCAAGAUGAAUUUCAGCAUUCGCUUUCCCGAGGAGCAGCCUCGAGUCAAGUUCGAGACAAAGAUCUUCCACCACCAUAUCGCAGCAGAUGGCACAGCCUGUUACGCGCCGAACCCCAGCAAGAGGGAAGACGUCCGAUCGCAUAUUGAGGCUGUGUUUGCCAUUCUUGAAGACGAUGAACCCGCCUACGACCCUCGCAAGAUUGUUAACCCUGAGGCUACGAAGAUGUAUUGGGGCGGAGGCCCAGAUGACAAGAAAAAGUACAACCGGCGUCUUCGUCGAUCAGUGCAGCAGAGUAUGGAGGACUUUCCAGAAUAA